AGUCGCCGCCCGCCCUCGCGCCGCGCCGCACGCGUCCGCCACCAACAACCUAUCAAUUACAUAUCAACGCUUUUAGUGCUAAGUCUGUGUAUUCGGUUGUGAUUAUUUUUCCUAUAAAUAUUGCACAUGUCAUGAAGCUGUUUAUUAAAUUAUAUUAAAUUUAACUUAGUAAAAUUAGGGUUAAAAUUUUGAUAUACUGGCUAUUUGCUUAGUGAUUUUUUAUAAAAUAAUAGUAACAAGUGGAAAAGUGUAAGGAUUUUGAUGUUUUUAUAAAGUUAACGAAAUGUCUCAAGCAUCACAAGGAUUUGUUCCUGAUAAAGUACAGGAGUUCAAUCGUAGAGCUUCUCAAGAUUUAUCUGAAGCGUCUGGUGCUCAAAAGCCUCAGAGAUCUUCACAAGAAGGCACUCCUAAAAAAGAAUCAACUCAAAAUGGCACAGAAAAACAAGCCCAGCAUAUUGGCAAUGAAAAGGCUGCAAAGCCCGAUGAGAAACAGAAGCAAGAAAGUUACGCUCUUCGUCAGGGUCAUUCUCAAGAUAACAAGAACCCAUUUUCUCCUCAUAUGUAUCGUAAUAGUCGUCCACACGGCCAUUUUGAGAUGGGACCUCGAGGUUUAGAUUAUUCCCCACACCGUAUGGGCAUAGAAUUCUCGAAUAGACUCCGAGAUUAUGGCCCUCAGCGUUCCACUUCUAUACAUGGCCAUGAAUUGACUGAUGUUCCAAUGAAGCCAGAGUAUUUGGGACAUAGGAGUCAUUUCGGAAGUCAGAUUGGACCAGGAGGAAUUACUGGACAUCCUGAUGUUGUCUUUAGACAUGACUAUUAUAACCAGAUGGGCUUCUCGCCUCCUAGAGCGUCCAGGUUUUCUUCACAAGAGUACCUGAAUGCUCCCGGCCAGUACGGUAGAUGGCCUGAUUACAGAGCGGAAUACAGGCAGCGUCGUCGCUCACAGCAGGAUCUUCAUUCCAUGGAUCCAGGACCCGAAUCAGUUACGGCGUUGCGUGAACACUGGGAUGAAGCUAAUGCACGUGUACUACAACGUAAGGCGCAGCUCGAUGCGAUGCUCGGCGAUUCGCAGCGAUACGAGGCGAGGCGGCGCGAUGCGGACGCGUGGCUGGCACGCAUGGAGGCACGCCUGGCCAGCAUGUCACCGCCGGGACACACAGCUGAUGUACUCGAGAUGCAGCUUAGAGAACAAAAGUCAUUCCACGCCGAAAUUCAUCAAUACAAAUAUCAAAUCGAACUCUUCGGCCAGCUGACCCAGCGACUCAUCGCCGUCUAUCGUAAUGACGACACAACACGCAUCAAACGUGCCACCGAGGCAAUAAACCACAGAUACAAUGAGCUUAAUAACAGUAUCAUAGCUCGGGGCAAAGCCCUAAACGCUGCGGUGUCGUCAUUGCAAAACUUCGAUCGUUCAUUGGAGAAGUUCGUCGGUUGGCUGAGCGAAGCAGAGUCGCUGUUGGAUGCUGCUGACAGGGACCCUCAUCUACUCAAGGACCUACAAUCGGAGAUCGAAACUCAUAGAGAUGUGUACGCAUCCCUCACUGGCACCGGCCGUAGACUGCUGGGCUCGUUGUCCUCGCAGGAGGACGCGGUCAUGCUGCAAAGAAGACUGGACGAGAUGAACCAACGAUGGCACCACCUGAAAGCAAAGAGUAUGGCCAUCAGGAAUCGUCUGGAGAGCAACGCGGAACACUGGUCAGCGCUACUCCUCUCCUUGCGUGAGUUGACCGAAUGGGUGAUCCGCAAGGAGACGGAACUGAAUGCAUUGGCGCCACCCAGAGGUGAUCUGUCCGCGUUGUUGAAGCAACAAGAUGACCAUCGCGCAUUCAGAAGACAAUUGGAGGACAAAAGGCCUGUUGUAGAGAGCAAUCUACUAAGCGGACGGCAACACAUCGCCAAUGAACCUCCUAUGUCGGACACCAGCGACACUGAAGGUCGUGAGAACGAGGGUGACUCCAGAGGCUACAGGUCGGCGGAGGAGCAGGCCCGCGAGCUCGCCCGCUCCAUCAGGCGGGAGGUGGCCAAGUUAGCAGACAAAUGGAACAACCUGGUCGACAGGAGUGACGCCUGGGGAAGGUGCUUAGAGGAUGCUGUUCAGCGUGUUCGCAACUUCACUACGUCACUGGACGAGCUAUCGUCACGUGUUCAGACUGCGGAGGCCGCGCGUGCAUCAUGGCGCGGACCCGGUGAUGCGAGGGACGCGCGCGCACAACUAGACGCUGUCACAAGAUCGAGAGCACAACUACCUCCUUUGAAAAGGCUAGCCGACGAGUUACAUGGACAAGCUCAGGCUUUGGCUAGAGACAAAAUUCAACUACCUGAACAUUUGCUAGCCAGAUUAGAUGACUUAAAUACCAGGGUUGGAGCUCUUUGCGCUGGUGGUGAAGAGCGAGCAAGACAGCUAGCCGGCGUCGCACGAGAUGGCGGCGCGGGCGCAGCUCAAGGCUUCCUUGCCGGCUCCGUAGAACCACCUUGGGAGAGAGCAGUUACUCCCGCUAAUGUACCAUAUUAUAUCAAUCACGAAUUAGAAACUACCCAUUGGGACCAUCCAAAGAUGAUAGAACUGAUGAACUCAUUAGCGGACUUAAAUGAGGUCCGUUUCUCCGCGUACAGAACAGCACUCAAGCUCAGGACAGUGCAAAAGGCGUUAUGCAUGCAUAUGCUGCAGCUGCCAGCUGCUCUAGAAGCCUUCGAUGCGCACGGUCUUCGCGCCCAAAACGACAGACUCAUCGACAUACCGGAUAUGAUCACUGUGCUCACAUCUUUAUACGAGGUGAUAGCAGCAGAAAACCCGAGCCUAGUGAACGUGCCGUUAUGCCUAGAUCUGUCAAUCAACUGGUUGCUGAACGUGUACGACAGCCAGCGCACUGGACAGAUUCGCGUGCUCAGCUUCAAGGUCGGCCUGGUGCUGCUCUGUAAAGGACACCUGGAAGAGAAAUACAGAUAUCUGUUCAGAUUAAUCGCAGAUCCUUCAUGUCGCGUGGACCAACGAAAACUUGGAUUGUUAUUACAUGACUGUAUUCAGGUUCCGCGUCAGUUGGGUGAGGUGGCGGCGUUCGGCGGGUCCAACAUCGAGCCCUCAGUCCGCAGCUGCUUCGAGCAAGCUGCCGCCGCACCACAGCCCUCCAGCAAACCAGCUACGCUAGACAGGAAAACACCAGGUGAUAUUUGACAUCGAACACUUUCACCGUUUUUUUCCCAUUUGUUUCCGUUGACCCCUUUGAAUCCAUACGUUAUCGGA